AGUAUAAAAAUUAUUAAGUAUCUUCCUUAAACCACAAUUUAUUUACAAAUAUUUUACAAACGUUUUUGAUUUGAGAGUGUAACAAAGAUGGCUGCGCCCAUGAAAAUGACGUUUAGAUCAAGUUUCAAGAUUUUUAGGGAAAAUGGAUUGAUGCGAGGAAAAUUUAGCAUUCUGAGUAGUCUUGAUGUAUGCAAAAAAUGUAAAUAUUCACAAAGCAUGGGUUGCCAUGUACAAUUAUAUCCGAAGACAUGCUUAUAUUCCAACAAACAUGACCAACUAAGCAGUUGUACAGACAAGGGAAGUAAUUCAUACAUAUUGAAACAAAUUCUCAGUGUAAAUAAGGUUUCUGGUGUGCCAACAGACAAUUCAAAUGCAAUUAAAUCUGUGUUAUUUGUAACAGAUACUUCUACUAAAAGACAUUAUAGCACAGGAGCAGAAAGUGAAGGAAAAAAUGAUGACACUAAAGUGACAGGGAGUGGGAAGAACAGACCUCUUUCAAAAAUAGGGAAUGAUCCGAAAGAGAAUAUAUGGACUGUUCCGAAUCUGCUUACAAUGUCUCGCAUUUUACUCACACCUGUGAUAGGAUACCUGGUAGUGGAUCAGAGUUUCCAAGUGGCAUUGGGAUUGUUCACUUUUGCUGGACUCACAGAUCUUUUGGAUGGAUAUAUAGCGAGGAACUUUAAGAAUCAGAUGUCAGCAUUUGGUACAGCACUAGAUCCCCUUGCAGAUAAAAUCCUCAUCACUGUCCUUACAGUUACCUUGACGAUGGCUCAUCUUCUACCAGUUCCACUUGCUGUAUUGAUCAUUGGACGAGAUGUACUACUUAUAUUAGCAGGCUUUGUGAUAAGAUAUGUUUCUUUACCUCCCCCUAGAACUAUAAAAAGAUAUUUUGACGUAACCAAUCCAACAGCCAAAUUAUUGCCAUCAACAUUAAGUAAGGUGAAUACAGCAUUACAGUUAUCAUUGGUGUGCUUUACUCUAGCAGCUCCUGUGUUUGAUUUUGUAAAUCAUCCUUUACUUCAGUGUUUAUGGGGUUUGACUGCAGCAACAACAUUUGGUUCUGGAGUUGGUUAUGUCAUCACAAGGAAGUCGUCAGUGAAAUUUCUUCAGCAACAGUCUAUAAAUUCUAAGAAGUGAACAUGUGUACCCAUUAUAUGUGUAUAUUUUUAUGUUGCUAUGUGAUAGAAGUAAGUGGGGGUUAAUUGGAAUGGCUGAAGUCUGAUAUAAUCAGGGGAAACAACCCAAGAUUGAAUAUAUUUAUUCAUGGGGUAAAAUUAAGAAAGGGAAACAACUGUGAUAUGACAUAUUCUUUCUACAAUAAUCUGCCAAUGUUAACACUAGAUGUGUUAAUAAAGUUCAUUUCUUUUCUCCAUCCAUACACGUUUAUAGAUUCAAGUUGAGAAAAAUCAAGAUAUUUGUUAUCAAAUAACAAUAUGUUCAUUCAAUAUCUUUUCCUUAUAAACUUUCAUUGACAUUGUGGUUUAAAGAGUUGUGCUUAUAAUCGUAGUUGAGUAUGUUAGGGGCCUUCGUGGCCGAGUGGUUAAGGUCGCUGACUGGAGAUCACAGGUCCCUCACCGCUGUAGGUUCGAUCCUCACUCGGGUUGAAAUCUUUCAUGUGAGGAAGCCAUCCAGCUGGCUUACGGAAGGUCGGUGGUUCUACCCAGGUGCCCGCUUGUGCCUGAAAUAAUGCCUUGAGGGGCAUCUGGGGUCAGGCUCCAACAAUAAAAGCUGGGAAAAAAAACGACGAAAAAAUCUAGGCGGGACGCUCUAGGAUGGUCCGACUUGAGUACGUUCGCCCAUAUGGGCUUUCCGGCGGCGACCUUAAAUAAAUGUGUUAAAAAAAAAAAAAUUGAGUAUGUUGGAAUGAAUAUGUCUGUGUUGAAUGGAUUUUUUCAUAAAAAGUUUAUACAAUGCAUUGGCAUAAUUCAUAAGUGUGUGUUUAUUGUCAUAUAGAUGUAUUUUUAUCUUGUGUGCCAUUUCAAGCACAUAUUUUCCAAUGUAUUGGCAGAAUUGAACAAAUGUGUAUAGAACAAAUGUGUAACAUAUGUAUUAUUGUUUUUCUAGUCUUUGUAUGAAACAUUUUUAGCAUUUGUACUAUGUACAUAUAUAUAUUGUUUAUGAUUGAUUAAGAAACAAACUUUCAGUGACAUAUCCCACAUUUUUUGUAAGUGAUAUGAUUUAAACUGUAAAACUACUUUGUUGUAAUUCUGAAAAUGCAUUCGAAUUCUGUUUUAAAAUGCUUGAUUGACCUACUGAUCUAAACAUUUUUAAUCUCUCUCUCUUUCACAUAGAGGAAUUUAAACUUGGUUCAGACUUCCAGUGUUAGUCUUUGUGACCACUGGCCAAUUGGUUAAGGUCACUGACUAAGGAUUUAACUUGUCCCUCCUAGAUCCAAGGUUAUGAAGAAAUUUUACAAGUCAAGUUUUUAAGUUGGAUAUUUUUUUAGUGGAGAUGGAUCUCAGAAAAUAGCUUUAUAACUUCUCGAUUCAAGCUUCACAUGGGAUAAAGAAAGCUGUCAUAUGAGGUAGCUAUCAAGGUAACAUGGGUAGAUCUGUUGUUCUCCAAGAGACCUGUUAUGCCUGAAAUAAUUCCUGCUCAUGGUCUGCACUGUUUGUUAUUCAGUCAGUACUUAUUUUGAAAUUUUCCUAUAAAAUGAUGAAUGGUUUUGUCUAGAUUGAAAAAUGAUUAAAUAUCUAUUGCGGUAAAGGAUAUAUAUUCUAUAUUGAAUUGGCCUACCUAUCACAAAUCAUGCUUAUCACAUUUAUGGUGCUUGUCAUUGUUGAUUAUCCAAUCAUUUUCUAGAACUCAAGUUUUGGCAGUUUGCCAAAAAUUUGUUUGUGUCUUGAGAAUGUGACUUGUAAUUUAUUUUUAUUGUCUUGUUGUGCAUCUACCUAUUGUAACCAUUUUGAAAUGUCUGACUUUAAUUGAGUAAAGUGUUAAAAACAUUA